AGGCGCGCACUCUCAGCUCGGCUCGGCUCGGCCCGCCCGGACACUGCAGAGGACGGAACCGACACCUCACUGCGGCUGCUCGCUCCAGGACACCACGUCACUCCUCCGGGCCAGAACCGACAACACCGGACGCUGAGGAGCCACCAUGGCGGAGUCCAACCCGAGCUGGGGGUUCCCCCGUCUGCGGCGGGCCGCGACUUCUUUUCCUGGCAAUCUGCAUUUGGUUCUGGUGCUCCGCCCCUCUGGCUUGUUAAGCUCCACCCCCAGUCCAUCCUCGAGCACUGACCUGGGCUGUCGCUUCAGCCAGGAUGACUUCCUGCUAAAGAUGCCGGUGGUGAUGCUGCGCUCAGUCAGUGACCUGCUGCGCUACAUCGAUGAACACCACCUGGCCUCAGACUUCACGGCGAAAGUGGAAUGUUGUCAAAGCGACUGGGUCAUCCUGCGCUCGUCCAUUGAGACGUUUGCGGUGACAGUGAAGGAGAUCGCCCAGCUGCUUCAAGGUUUUGGUUCGGAGCUGUCCGACGCAGAACUUCCAGAUGAAGCGAACGCCAUCGAGUUCCUGGUGCACUCGCACACCCACCGCUACAGACAGAUGAAGGAUGAUAUCCGUGGCGUGCUGAAGGAAGGACGGCUGCUGUUGUCCAACCUGGAGACAGUCAAAGCUGCUAAGAGGGACGUAGGCGAAGAACGAGAGAUCCAGUCUGACAUGGACACUGUUCAGAGGCUGAUAGCACAGCUCAGAGAUAUGGAGGAGGCAUUCGAUGGUUUCUUUGACAAACACCAUCUGAAGCUGCAGCAGUACCUCCAGCUGCUGCUCUAUGAAACCAGCUUUCAGCAGAUGGACGAGGUGCUGGAGUGUCUCUCUGCCCGAGAGAAGGAGAUUGCCUCAGUGGGAACCACAGUGGUCCAGACAGAGCAGCUUCUUAAAGAUUUGGACACUCUGGACAAACAUGCUGAGGAGGAGAUGGCUCGAGCCCAGGUGGUGAUCCUGCACGGUCACCAGUUGGCUGCCAAUCACCACUACGCUUUGGCUCUAAUCAUCCAGCGCUGCAACGAGCUGCGACAUCACUGUGAUGUCAUCAGCACCGCCAUCCGCUCCAAGAGGGCCUCUCUAACCCGAACACGAGACCUGCUGCUGCGCCUCGAAGAGUCGCUGCGUUGGUGCGACGAGGGCGCCUACCUGCUCGCGAGCCAGAUGGUGGACAGGUUUCAAACCAGAGAGGGAGCCCAGGAGGCUCUGCAGUACCUGAGCAGCCACCAGGAGAGGGCGCCGUCUGCACUGAGGAGCAGUCAGGACAUCCUGAGCCUGGACUUUGAAGCUGUCCUCACCCCGCAGCUGCAGUCCCAGGUGGCCAUGGUCACAGAGAAGCUGAACUCGGUCCAGUCCAUGAUUCGAAACAGAGAGCAGUGUCUGAAGAAGCUGGCAGAUGUGCAGGUUCGGCCCAUUCAGCUGGUGGCUCCUCGACCCGAACCAGACCAGACGGUGCUGCGCUGCAAGUCUCCUCUGUUCUCCCCCAAACACGGUGUUGACUUUAACGUCUUGAACUCAAAGUUCUCAUUUGACCUGCUUCCUGGUAAAAAGGCAGCCAGGAGGAACAACAGCCAGCGCAAGAUUGAGGUGAUGCAUGAUUACCAGGGUAACCGCAGCUGUCUGUACGGUCCCAACCCUGAAACGGACUCAGAGGCCGAGGACAAUCCAGAGCAGGUGACACGCCACAUUAUGAAGGAGCUGAUAGCUACAGAGAGGAUCUAUGUGGAUGAGCUGCUGUCUGUCCUUUUGGGCUACAGGGCAGAAAUGGAGGACCCCUCCAUUGCUAAUCUUCUUCCCUCGGCUCUCCGCAGCCAGAAGGAUGUUCUGUUUGGCAACAUGCCAGAGGUUUACCAGUUCCACAGCAGGAUCUUCCUCCAAGAUCUGCAGGGUUGCCUGGAGACCCCGGAGAGGGUGGGGAUGUGCUUUCUGCAACGGAAGGAGAAGUUCCAGGUGUACGAGCGUUACUGCCAAAACAAACCGUGCUCUGAGCUGCUGUGGAGACAGUGCUCCGAGUCACCCUUCUUUCAGGAGUGCCAGAAGAAACUGGACCACAAGUUGGGUCUCGAUUCCUACCUCCUGAAACCAAUCCAGCGCCUCACCAAGUACCAGCUGCUGCUGAAGGAGCUGCUGAAGCACUGCGUGGAGGAGCAGUUCCGCUGCGAGCUGCAGGAGGCUCUGGACUCCAUGCUGGAGCUGCUCAAGUCUGUCAACGACUCCAUGCAUCAGAUAGCCAUCACUGGAUAUCAGGUGCUACACACUCAGGGUGAUCUCAGCCAGCUGGGCCGUGUAAUCCUCCAAGGAAGCUUCAGCGUGUGGAUCAGCCACAAACGGGCAGCGGUGCGGAUGAAGGAGCUGGCCAGAUUCAAGCCCAUGCAGCGGCAUCUCUUCCUCUACGAGCACGCUCUGCUCUUCUGCAAGAGGAGGGACGAAGACAGCCAUGACAGGACGCCUUUCUACAGCUUCAAGUCCUGCCUCAGAAUGAGCUCAGUGGGAAUCACAGAAAACGUGAAAGGAGACAUGAAGAAGUUUGAGAUCUGUUACAGUGGCAGGGAGGUGGUGUACAUAGUUCAGGCUCCCACGGCUGAGGUCAAAGUCACCUGGCUGGCAGAGAUUCAAAAAAUUCUUUCCAACCAGCAAAAACUACAUCAAGAUGACACUCCAUCUCUUCCCCCUUCAGACAACCCUCUCUCUGACAGUGCAUCAGACGUGUGUGUGUCGUGGGGUGGCGCGCCGGUGGACGGCUGCUCAGCGUGUCUUCCUGUUCCUCACAGCUCUUCAGCGACAAGCCACUCCCACAAGUUCAGAGGGGAGGAGUCAACCUAUUCGAGCCCCGCCCACUCAGACCCUGUUGUUCAGUCACCUCGACGCAGUUGGCCUGUUCCUGCUCACUCUGUGGCGAUCUGCGAGGGCCUGGAGGACUGGGGGGCGACAGACCUCUCUGCUUUAUCUGACUCAGAAGAAGAGGAUCAGCCUUCACCACUGGUGGCAGGCAGGUACAGAGUCAUGGUAGAAAGCAGCAUGGCCAGCACUGACGACAUCGUCUUUAACUGUGGUGAUGUCAUCCAGCUGCUGUAUGAGGACUCAUCAGGAAUGUGGAUGGUGAAGAACAUAAGUCGUGGCGAGGAAGGUCGCGUCCAGCCCGAAGACCUGCACAGGAUUCUGGGGGAAACCUGCUGAGAGCCAAUCAGAYGGGAGAAUAGAUGACACAGCGUACUUUCUUCUGUUUUUCUCAAUCGGGCCACUGUUUACUCAGACAUCCCACCACRCCCACAGACUCCCAUGUUCCAUGAAGUAGCCAAGAAAGGGAAGCACAACAGCAGCCACAGGUUUUUUUACUAAAACAGUUUCACAUUAGAGAAACCUCCAUAUAAACCUCGAAGGAUUGUAAAAACUGAAAGCCAUAGAAGCUCUCUUUAUAUAUUUUAGCAGUGAUGCAGUCGAAGGAUGGAUUUUAUUUUAAAAGUUGUAUAAUUUCUAUUUUUUUACGACRUGUCACUGAAAGCAUACUGACAUAUCAUCUGUGUGCCAAACAGCUACACUAACCGCCACAGCUUCUUCUUGUGUAAACAUGAGAUUUUAUAGAAAACAAAUGAAGCUUUAUUGUGUGGUGAUGCUACUGCAGCCAUCUUUGUUAUUACAGUAUGUGCUUCUGAUGUGUACAGAAAUGGCCAUAUUAAUCCAUCUCUUAGUGGCAGAAAUGAACUUAGGAAGUCGUGCAGUUGCAUUUAAUUGGUGUAAAUAAGGGAAAAAAUAUAUAGAUUAAAAAAGGGAAAUUGUUUGUAUCAAAAUAUAACAGGUCACGCAGUGUGUGUGGUGGUUUAAGUGGUUACAUCUAAGAAAAAAAUAACAGUGCUAUCCUUCAYGUAUCUGUUUCAACAGCUGGAGCUUAAAUUUAAAUGGAGCCUUUCAUAAAACCCAGAGAUGCUUUAGAGCAGUGGUCCCCACAGACUGGGUCGGGACCCCUCUGUGCGUCAUGAAACAUCAAGCAAGGGUCACCAAACGAUUUCCAGACAUCGAUUUAAAUUCAAAUAAAUUGUUAAUGGAAUAUCUUCACCAUAGUUCCUGCAAAAAAAGAAUUAUACAAUAAUAAUAAAGUAAUAAAAGUAUGAUAGUUAUUAGGCUUACUUAUAUUAAUAUUAUGCCCAUGUUUAAUAGAGUUAUUAGCYAGGUUCAUAAACUGAGUUUAAAGUUUCUGCAACUGUUAUUUUGUGGGUCAGAAACUAAAACCUUUGAAAACCACUGCAUUCCAGGAUCAGAUUAUCAAAAAGAGGAGCAACAAAAGAGUCAGUUCAGAAAUGUAUGAGGGAAAAAAAAGUUAAAUAAGCAUUUUAGUACUUUUUUAUUUCCUGAGAGAAAGUGUUGCAAAUAUCAACACAUUUUUGGGUUGAAGCGUCAGAGAGACACUGAGGAGGAUGACCCUGCAGGGGCUUGUAGAUGGGAAGAAGAAUGCUUUUUAUGAAUUUGAGUCCUAAAUUAAAGCCAAAAAAGGGUCAGAGUGGUGUGGUGCCGCAGUUUGGUGCAGGCGAAAACAUUGACUGAAACUUUUCAGGAGACUCAGUCCAAAUGGGAGGUGAUGGAAGCCUGAAUGAGGGUUUCUGUCAUGAUGGUCAGGGUCUUAAGAUGUUGCUGAGAUGAAAAAAAGGCUGAUUUAUGACAGGUUUGUUGUGACUCCUGAAUAAGCCAGAGGCUGCAAACCUCACAGGAUGGGCAGACAUGGCACCUGUGGAUUAAAGGAAUAUUGCCAACUUUCUGAUUACAGUACUUAUGAUGAUUUAUGUUCUUAUUUACAGCAGAAACACUGAUUAUUAUUAUUAUUAUUAUUAUUAUUAUUAUUAUUAUUAUUAUUAUUAUUAUUGUUGUUGUUGUUGUUGUGAGCAGGUCCCAAUUCAAAUAUAUUUCCCCCCACAGAAUUUGUAAAAGAUAAACACUGAAAAUAAUCAUUUAAUGCAAAUAAUUCUCAGUUUACAGAUGUUUUGUUAUAAAUCAUAAUUAAUUAAUUGUGUUUGCUCAAACCCAAAGUUCAAUGCAUUCUGGAGGGUAACACUGUUAUUUGUUUACAACAAGACCCCUCAGGGCAGCGUUUCAACCAAAGUURAUUAACUUUUGCUUCCACCCAGACUUCUAGUAGUUUUCUGCAUUWAGGCACAGAAACACUUCUGUAAGACAGGAACUUCUAAGUGGAGCAGGUAACUCUAAUUUUUUGAUGAAUAAUGAAAGAAAAUGAAGACAGACCGCAUGCUAACAGAAUUUGCUGCAUUUAUUGAUGAGUGCUUUAUUGGUGGAAUCACCUCCACUGGCUUUUUUAGAUGGCUGUAAUUUACUUUUAUUAGUUUUUAUUGCUUAUGACUGCUGCUAUUUAAAUGUACUUUAUGUUGUACUCAAGUUUUGCAGUUUAUGAUGGAAUUAUUUAGAGUUUGCUGCUAAAACMCUUUGUCUACUGAAUGUUUUUAUUGGUUGCCAUUUUCAUGAAGAAAAUAUGUUUUUGUUGUCAGUUGUAGCUCAUUUCACUGCAUUCUGUAAGUUUGUGCUGCAGUAACAUUUUACACAAACAAUGUCAAGUGUUGGSGGGGUCUAACUGGAAAACACAAAGUGUUACUUAGAGUGGAAAAAGAUGAUGAAAAUUGACAAAAACAUUUAAAUUGAACUAUUUUGAAACUGCCUCAUUUGAAUUAAAUGUUCAGAUGCUUUUAAAAGUGGAAAUUAUGAUGCUUUACAGCCAAAAGAAUAUAAAAUAUUUUCUCAGUGCAGACAGGGUAAUUAUUUGAUGCAGUUGCUAACAGUUUUUGCAGGUGAAUGUGAAUUUGUAAAUAAUACAUUUUAGAUACAGAAAAARGAGGGAAAAACACUUUCUUGGACAGUUUGAAGAUGCUUUUCAACUGUUCAGAUGACAAAUACAUUCUUUCUUGUAUCUCUGUGUUCCGGGUAGAUCCGAUAUAAACUCUGCAUUUAAAGGUGUUUCCAGUAAUCAUUAUAACUAGAAACAUUGUGUCACACUGAACUGGUUUCUGUGUGACACAAGGGGUCCGUCAGUUUCAGCCACAUUGUACCUUGAACUAUUGCUUUUAGCUCACUUUGCACUGAUUAGACAUCAUGGAGAAAGAUUGUAAUGUGAUGCAUUCUGUUAAAUGAAAUAUAAGCACACAGUUUUAUUUGA